UUGUCUAUGACAACUUGUGAUCACAAGACCUCUUCGCUUUUGAGUUUUCUGUCAAGGCAAAAAUUGGGCGAAAAAAGGCCGUCCCUUUUGGGAAUAUCGGGUAAAACAGCACCAAUUUGCUAAUAAAAAUACUUCAAGAUGAGGUACUUCCUAACUUAUCUGUUCGCGCUGUUGGUGGUGGCCGUGAUUCCAGUAGUGUCUAUGUUCUAUCUUCUCCAAGGAAAGGGUGAGCAACUCAGCGUUGGAUGGUUCCUGGAGAACACGUCCCCCUACAUGUGGGGUACGUUGGGAAUCGCAUUCGCCGUGGCUCUGUCAGUAGUGGGGGCAGCUAUGGGCAUCCACACGACGGGAGUGAGCAUAGUCGGAGGAGGUGUCAAAGCUCCCAGAAUUAAGACUAAGAACUUGAUCUCCGUCAUCUUCUGCGAAGCCGUCGCCAUUUAUGGAUUGAUCACUGCCAUCGUGUUGUCUGGAAUGCUGGAAAGAUACACAGAGCCCCUGAUUGAUAUCACUAUCAAGCAACAGAACUGGAUGGCUGGGUAUGUGAUGUUUGGAGCUGGUCUGGCCGUGGGUACUGUCAACCUGUUCUGUGGUAUCGCCGUUGGAAUUGUAGGAUCUGGUGCUGCCCUGGCCGAUGCAGCCAAUGCUGCUCUGUUCGUCAAGAUCCUAAUUGUAGAGAUUUUCGGAUCAGCCAUUGGUCUCUUUGGUCUUAUUGUUGGUAUCUACAUGACAUCGAAGUGCAAAAUGGGCAACCAGUAAUUUAAGAAUAAACUUAAAACUUGAAUCUAAGUUGUACAUCGGCACUGGAAGUUACCAGCCUUGACCUCCCUCACUAACAGAGUAUCCAGUGCUCACAUACUUAUAUACCGAAGAAGCUUCAAGUUAUUAUAAUUGCAGUGUUGAACUUGUGUAUCUUUCCUGCCUGCUCUUUGUUGAUGUGUUUAUAAAAAGUAAAUUAUUUUUUUAAUUUUAAAUCAAAAUAUCUGAUCUUAGCACUCCAUAGCAAAGUAGCUUAAAAUAAAUUUAACUUUUUGAUGUUAUUACUGUACUAUAAAUUUACUAUAAUUGUUGUUUCAUAUAUUAAGGCAUUUGUGCUAAGAUUUGAGAUAUUUGAACAGAGGUUUGGAUUGUAUUUCAGUAUUCUAUUGACAACUAUUUAGCAAACUGUUGAGAUUGUGUUGUAUUGAACCGUAACAGUGUCCUAAUUUGGAAAUGACUAGGCAUGCACUGUUCUUAGAGUUUCCGUGGCCUAAUAUAAAGCUCUGCCUUGACAUAACUACAGUAUUGUGCCUAGUCAUUUAUAAGGCUUAUACAUUCCAUAAAACCUUGUUUCAAGUUUUGUAAAAGCUUCAUUGGUCAGUCUGUAACCCAUAUUAUACAUAGUAAUAAAAUAUUAAUGUACAUACAUUUCGUAUUUGGUGUGAUAUGUUAUUUUCCAUUCGACACAAGUUAUGAAGAGGGUGAUGUUGAUGGCAUUGUAUAUAGCCAUCAAUAGCAUUCUAUUGUUAUUAUAGCAGAGCACAAAGUUUUACAAUUAUAUAGAAAACAUCUUUCAUGACAGAAAUUAUUGUACUGAUGAACUAAAGCUGCAUGUGUCUGCUUGGAAAAUAUCGAAAUUGUUAAUGUUUUCUGGUAUCGAUAAAGCACGGUUUCCCUUAAAUUAUUGUAUGAGAAAAUAAAAAUAUAUCAAAUGAUUAUAAAGUCCCAAUUGUAAAUAUUAGUUUGCUUACCUCUUACUAAUUUAUUGUACGUACUUGUAAAUUCAACUGCAUAAACUUAACUAUAGGAGUUAAUUUGUUGCCACACAUUGUUGGUAUUUUAUAUAUCAAAUGAUUAUCGACAUUGGCUAUUAGCGCAGUGUUCAAAUUUCGGAACAAAACGAACGAGAAAGUAUUAUGUCAGUCUUAUUCAAUUUACUGAUGUAAUUCUAAGUAAAUAUAUUUUAUUUGUGCAAAUGUAGAUAUUAUGUAUGUUGAUGAAUAAAUAGAUAAAAAGUUGUA